UGUGUAUCAGUUUAAAGUACCGUGCAGAACAUUUCAGAGCAGGAGCAUUCAGAUCCAAGAACGGAGCGAGCGCACUAGGAAACUUUCCAAAAGUUUGACGCUGAGAGAUAGUUACUCAGGACGAAGCAGAGGAGUCACCACUGAUCCAGAGAGGAAUCCGCACAUAUAAAAAUGCCCGGUGAGCGGUUGACAGUAAGAGGAACGUCAGAGGUGGGGCGCUUUCCUGGAGCAGCCCCGCCCACAAGGGUGGAGCUCACCAUUCACAAAGAGGACGAAAAGAAGGAUGAGGGAGGCUGUCGCCGCUGGUUCAGGAAGAUGUGUCCAUGCUGCUGUAAACGCCAGAGCAGCAUCUCCCAUGAUGUUACAGAUAAGGUGGAACUGAUCAAACCUCUCUUCCCCGUGACGGGCCCAGAAUCUCCCAAGCCAAAGCCUGAGAAUGGAGAAGCAAAGGAAAUGGAAGAAAUAAAGUUGUCAGUAUGUUCUGUGGAUCUGCUGAGUUCCAAGACGGGUCAGAACAGACGAGAGCACCACACCGACUUGUAUCAUGGGGACGAGCUGAUCAUCCGCAGAGGACAGACCUUCCAGAUAGAGUUGGAGCUCAACAAGCCCUUCAGUACUGACACUGACAAGCUGCAUAUGGACCUGAAAACAGGUCCCCUGCCCAUGGUGUCCAAAGGCACCCAUGUCAUCAUUCCACUGGUGGAUUACCUGGAGGAUGAACGCUGGGAAGCCAAGAUUGUAGAGCAGAACGGCAGCAAAAUCAAGCUGUCUGUCAACUCGCCAGCCAAUGCCGUAUGUGGUCUGUAUGGGCUCACGGUGACAACUAGCUCCUCAAAGGGCGAGGCAACAACUACUCACAACUCCAGCAAGAACAUCAUCAUGCUCUUCAACCCUUGGUGUGAAGAGGACACAGUCUUCCUGGAUGAUGAGGAAGAGAGGAAGGAGUAUGUUCUAAACGACACUGGGAGGAUUUACUAUGGCACAGAGAAACAAAUUGGUGCUCGCACAUGGAACUUUGGGCAGUUCCAUGAGGGAGUCCUGGAUGCCUGUCUGUUCAUCCUGGAGAAGAGCGACAUGCCUGCAUCUGGUCGAGCAGAUCCUGUCAAUGUGGUUAGAGUCUUAUCUGCCAUGAUAAACGCUCAGGAUGACCUUGGAGUCCUGGUAGGGAACUGGUCUGGGGAUUACUCUGACGGAGUGUCUCCUGCAGCUUGGAGCAGCAGCGUGGAGAUCCUGAAGAAAUACCACUCGUCCGAAGGAACUCCUGUGUCAUAUGGACAGUGUUGGGUCUUCUCUGGGGUCACUACAACAGUGCUGCGAUGUCUUGGCAUACCCGCCCGCAGUGUGACCAACUUCCAGUCUGCUCAUGACACUGAUGUAUCCCUCACUACAGACGUCUAUCUUGAUGAGAAUAUGGAGCCAAUUGACUACCUCAAUAGUGACUCUGUCUGGAACUUCCAUGUAUGGAAUGAUUGCUGGAUGGCGAGACCAGACCUGCCCCCUGGUCAUGGAGGCUGGCAGGCUGUUGACUCUACUCCCCAGGAAACGAGCCAAGGCACCUUCCGCUGUGGACCAGCCUCGGUCAACGCCAUCCGCUCUGGUCAUGUCUACCUCAAACAUGACACACCAUUUGUCUUUGCCGAGGUUAACAGCGAUAAGAUCUACUGGCAGAGGAACCCAGAUGGUACAUUCAGCCAGAUCUACAGUGAGAAGAAAGCUGUCGGCCACUUCAUCAGCACUAAAGCUGUGGGCUCUGAGGAGAGGGCAGACAUCACACACCUGUAUAAACACCAAGAAGAUUCAGAGGAGGAACGCAUUGCAGUCGAGACCGCCAGUCGCUAUGGCAGCAAGCCAAAUAUCUACUCCACAGCCAUGGCAGAGGAUGUGAGUGUGGAGGUGAAGAUGGACGGUGAGGGGCCCAGGAUGGGUGCUGAUGCCCAGCUGAGCAUCCUGGUGAAGAACCUGAGCGCCCAGCCUCGUCGGACCACCCUGCAUAGCCAGGUGGCUGUCAUGUACUACACCGGUGUACUGAAGGGCGCCAUCAAGAAAGAGCAGAUACCUGUGGAGCUUUUGCCCAAUGAAGAAAAGACCAUUGAGUGGGUGCUGCCCUACCAACAGUACCAAAACCAGCUGGUGGAUCAGGCUGCUCUGAUGCUGACCUUGUCUGGAAGAGUCAGUGAGACCCAGCAAGUGUUAGCCAACCAGACCACAUUCAGGCUCCGUACACCUGACCUCAGCAUCAAGCCUUUGGGAGAAGCUGUGGUCGGUAAGGAGAUGGCAGCCAAGAUUACCUUCACCAACCCCUUGCCACGUACACUAAAGGGAGUGGUGUUCAGAGUGGAGGGCCUGGGUCUGCAGAAGGGCCAUGAAGUAGUUGUGGGUGACGUUGGCGGCCACUCCACGGUGACACUGACAGAGCACUUCGUCCCCACCCAGCCUGGACCCAGGAAGCUGGUGGCGUCUCUUGACUGUAAAGAGCUCACACAAGUGCACGGCGUGGCUGAUAUUGUUGUUCUUGAGCAAUGAGAGGGAGCGAGCAACAUCACCAUUUCAUUAUAAACUAAGAAAUUCUAUGAAAUCAUAUGAAAUGUGUUUCUGUAUCUUAAAACUAUCUAUUUUAUUUUAUACUACAAAUAUUUUUAAAACUAUUAUUAGACAGUUAAAAACUGUAGCGUUAUCAGUAUUAUUAACUUGAAAAAAAUAUAAAUUGACAGUUCUGCAUUAAUUUUAAAUGUCAAGGUUGUGGUGAAGUUAAGGGUUUAAAUGUGUGCACAACAAAUGAAGUGCUUUAAUGAACAAGCAUUGGUAUGCUGAAGUUAUAAAACCGUCAGAUUGUAUCAAAUGUCCAAAAACCAGCGCUUUAUAAGACCCUGAUGAUGUGACAGUCAUUUGGUGAUUGUGUAAAUACUCUAUGUGUGUUAUUCAUAUAGGCUGUCAUAAGAUGAAAAGUAUGUGAAAAGUAUUGCCAGACAAAAUGAACGUCACAUGGCUUACAUUAAGAAAGAUACUGUAAUAUGUUUUUUUAAAGGGACUAAUUUCAAAAUUGGCAAUGACAUUUCGCAAAGGUCACUUUCAAAUUUCCAUGUUUUUUGCUGUUACAUUUGACUGCAGAAUUUGUAAUUAUUAAAAAUUAAUAUAGUUAUUCCAUCAGAACAAUUAUUAAUGAAAAAAUAUAUAUCUACAAGGACUUAAAAGGUUGUUUAAAAAAUCAGAUGAAAUGCAAAUUUAUAAGACCUUCUAGCACAUGUUGUUCUGUAUGUCUCGUGUGUGUUUCUCCAUCAUGUGUUCAUGGUAACACUGAUGUCAGCUUUACAGUAUUUACAGCUGUGAAUUCCAGCAAACCAUAUCAGGUUAGAGACCACAGUGGCUUUGAUUCAUCUUUAAGCUUUAACUGGUCCUCAUGUGUUUGACUUUAGCACUCAGAGUACAAUGUGAAGGAAACCAUUUUAAUAACAUGACACUAUUUAUCUACUUUAUUUACCUGGAGUGUUUUUGUAAUUGUAUGUGUUGCAUUGGUAAUAAAACCUACACUGAAAUGAUG